CAACCACAAGCCCAGACGGACAAGUGGUGACUCGAUUCCAAGUAAAACACCUUGAUCGAUCGCUGCCAGCCUCGAAGACUUUUCUUUAUACCUUGCACAAUACCCCAAGCUCCACGUCAUCAACAGAAAGAAGAAGCCAAGCAGCGAACAUGGCGCUCAAUCAACCAACAUACACCGACACCCAGGUCGAAGCAUAUCUCAAACGAAUUGCAUAUACGCCCGCAGCAAGCGACGCAAAUACUCUACUUGAGGAUGUCCGCCAGCGCGUCCAAAGUGACGCGUUAGGUAUACUCUCUGAACUCCAGAGACGCCAUCUCGGUGCUGUUCCGUGGGGAAACUCGGCACUCCACUAUUCGCAGCAUCACACCAUCUCCUUGCAUCCAGAUAGCUUGCAUGAGAAGAUCGUAGAGCGGCGCUUGGAUGGGUAUUGUAUGGAGAGUACAGGAAUCUUCUUGAUUGUCUUGCGGUCUUUGGGAUACCACGUGUAUGCCACCGGAGGCAGGGUGAGCCAUGCUGCUGCUACGGGGGUGGACAAUGGAUUAUAUCUGUCAUUAAGUCACAUGGUACUGAUCGCGAUCAUUGGCGGAGCGAAAUAUAUGGUGGAUGUUGGAUUUGGCAACAACUGUGCUACCGCACCAUUGCCUCUCCAAGAAGGCGCUACGGCUACAUGCAUUGCACCCUCCGAGAUGCGUCUAAUCAAGGAGACCCUGGUCGAGUUUACUGAUAAAUCCCAGAAAGUCUGGAUUUUUCAGACAAGACAUAACCCGGAGAGCCCUUGGUUGCCCAACAUCGCCUUCUCCGAGGCAGAAUUCUUGCCUCAGGAUUUCCGCGGUAUGAACUUCUCGGUGAGCCAAGAGCCAUCCAGCUGGUUCACUCAGACAUUUGUGUGCAUGCGAAUGAUUUUGGACCUUACGGGGAAGGAGAUUGUUGGGCAGUGCAUUAUUUCGGGUAAGGAGGUCAAGCGACGAAUCAAGGGACAGACAGAGGUUUUGCAAGUCCUCAAAAACGAGGAAGAUCGGGUCAAAGCCUUGGCCAAGUACUUUGACAUGCACUUGCGAGAGAGCGAGACUGAGGGCAUUCGAGGCUUGACCUCCCAACUGAAGUAGAUGUCUGAGUCGGAAAUUACCGGGAGAAAAGGGAAGAGCGAAGCUCAAUGGUAUGGUACAUCGAUGUUUCUAGAGGAAUAUUGCGGCGGAAGGUAUGUAUAGUGAUCGAGGAACAAACAGAGGCGCAUGCAUAAAAGAGAAAGAAACGUUGCAAUUUUUGGUCUAGAAAAUCCGCUUCUCGAUCUGUAUCGAAUUGAUUAGCACGAGAUCAUUAUGCUGCAAAGCAGUCGCGAGUCCGUUCUUGUCCAUACCUUCCACGGCUUGCUGACAUCGAAUCCUGGGGGUGCCUGGUGGUUGCUUGACUGUCCACGCAUGGUGCCGGUAAUGCGCAGGUCGCGCUCCAUCACUGUAGAUUGAGAAUGUCUCGUUAGUCACCCACCC